AUGUGGAAUGUCGAUGAUAAAUCAACUUUUUUAAGUGUGGAUUCGGGAGAUUAUAGAGUGAAUUACAUUGGUCCUGGCAAAAGUUACUAUGAUAGUGCCGCUAUACGCGUAGAUAAACCUAUUCCUCCACAGUAUGACUUAUUUUAUUUCGAAGUUACUAUUGUUAGUAAAGGGCAAAAUGGAAUAAUUGGAAUUGGGUUCUGUACAGAAACAGCAAAUUUAAAUUUAAUGCCCGGAUGGGAAAAUGAAUCUUGGGGUUAUCAUUGUGAUGACGGAAAGUUAUACCAUCGCUCAGGAAUCAUUGAAUUAUAUGGGUGUUUAAAUUUUAGACAAAAUUUGGUAUACUAUACUAAAAAUGGUGUACAUUUAGGAAUUGCAUUUCGAGAUUUUAAAAAGAUGAAACAUAACCUAGAACGUGGAGGAGAACAUGAAAUAGACUUUUUAUUGGAGGAAGAGCGAGAGAAGGCUAAAUGGAAAGAAGAGCACAUUGAGUUAGUAGAAAGGAUUAAAGCAGCCUUCAGAAAAGGUAUUCAUCAGAGAGAUCGUAAAAUUAGUAAAAUAGAUGAACAAGAAGUAGAAGAAAAUUUUGCUAUAGUAGCUGAAAGACUAGAUUUAUCCAUGAUUAAAAAGGCACAAGCAGA